AUGGCGGAUCUUUUGCCCAAGUUCAGAGUCACGGAGCCACAGGUUCGCGCUGUGAGUCCUCAGGAUAGUCACGACGGGAGCAAGUACAUCAACAAAGGCGAGGUUACCAAUGGGAGGCUUGCCACAAAGCUGCGCAGUCCCACUUCACCCCCAGUGCCUGCAAACGAUUCACACAACGGCAAUAGUAGCGAUGGAAGAAGACCGUCUGAAGCAGCCAUAGAUCCACUUUCGGAACAAAUUCUCAAGAGAACGAACACGUCUCCAGCCGUCCAGAAGCUGCGGUCACAGAACACUGAACCUCCUGCGACCCACUCGCAAGCGUCGCUCCAUGAAGCGACUCCGGACAAGAAGCACAGUAACGAGACACCGCGCGACUUAAGCGCCAGUGCAAAGGCAGACAAAAAAAAGGGCGUUUCAUUCCUUAGUCGCCUGAUUGGCAACAAAAAGAAGAGCACCCUCGACGGUGCAAGUGACAAUGGCUCCGAGUUUGGUGAUUAUCGACCCGAGGGUAUGGACGCACAGCUGUACGUUGAUAACUUCGGCUUCAGCCCAAAGCAUCCACAGCCACCGGCAUACAUCAAGGUGCGCACAAAGUUUAAGACUAGAAAGGAGUUUGAUCGCAUGUUUCUGGCACAAGAACUGCGUUCAGGCGCCGACAAGAAAAGUGCUCCUGCUGCAGGGUCCAAUCCAGCUCCUCAGUCCGGAUCGGCGGCGACACAGAAUCCUAUAUGGGCCAUUGAGUUCAGCAGAGAUGGAAGAUAUCUUGCUGCUGGUGGACAAGACAGAGUCAUCCGCGUUUGGGCGGUGCUGUCGAAUGCAGAGGAGCGCAGAUCGCACGAGAAAGACGAAAGCGAUCCUGCAGGUGAGGCAAAGCACCUCAGUGCACCAGUGUUCCAGCAAAAGCCCUUUCGAGAGUACGGCGGCCAUACAGCAACAAUUUUGGAUUUGAGUUGGAGUAAAAACAACUUUAUGUUAUCUUCAUCAAUGGACAAAACCGUACGUCUGUGGCAUGUCACUCGCGAGGAGAACCUAUGCACAUUCAAACAUUCGGACUUUGUCCCAUCGAUUCAGUUUCAUCCUAUGGACGACCGAUUCUUCUUGGCCGGCUCGCUCGACUCAAAGCUCCGCUUGUGGAGCAUUCCAGACAAGAGUGUGGCGUACUCAGCUUCGGUCCCUGAUAUGAUAACAGCCGUAGCGUUCACUCCCGACGGCAAGACUUGUAUAGCGGGCACAUUAGGUGGGCUUUGUACUUUCUACGAUACCGAAGGUUUGAAAUGGCAGGCUCAACUUCAUGCCAAGUCAACCAGAGGGCAGAACGCUAAAGGCAGUAAGAUUACAGGGAUCCAAGCGACCUAUUGGCCUCCUGGUAGCGAGGCUGGAGAAGUUAAACUUCUGGUCUCGAGCAACGACUCACGCUUACGAAUCUACAACAUGAAAGACAAAAGCCUGGACAUGAAGUUCAAGGGUCAUGAAAAUAAUUGCAGCCAGAUACGAGCAACGUUUGUUGACAGCUCUGGGCACAUCGUCUGCGGAAGCGAAGACCGUAAGACGUAUAUCUGGUCGACCAGCACACCAGAAGGCGAAAAGAAGAAUCAACAACCAGUGGAGAUGUUCGAGGCUCACGACUCCAUUACGACAUGCACUGUAUUUGCACCUUUACAAACAAGGCAGUUGCUCAGCGCUUCAGAAGACCCAAUCUACGACAUGUGCAAUCCGCCUCCUGUCACUCUUGUAUCCAGAGCAGAGUCCGUCCAUUCUUCUCGAGCGCCGACGGAGGCUGGAUCAGCACAUCCCACGCCCGCACCAAAUCCGAGCCUUUUCCCGAGAGCGAACGAGAGCCCGGCGUAUCUAGCUCGUUGCGAACAUCGAGGCGGUAACAUCAUCAUCACUACCGACUACAGAGGAUCCUUGAAGGUCUUCAGACAGGAUUGCGCGUACGACAAGCGAAUACGACUGAGAGACACCUGGGAGACUUCGUCCAAGAUCGGACGCCCAAGCAGCAUUCUCUCACGGACCAGUCGCUCCAGGCGAGAUAGUAUAUCAACACAACCACCUAACGAUCGCAUCAUGACAUGGCGCCAAGACAUAUCCCACGGCAGCUUCGACUCAACAGGAUCCAUACGCCGCAAAAGCGGGCGCAGCGUCUCACCUCGCAAAUCAAUGGCCGCACUCAGUCUCAGUUCAGCACGUGCACCCGACUCUCCAUCCCUCAAACCCACCAAGUCACACGACACUACGGACUCAAGACCUGUAGGGACACCUGAAACCCUAAUAUCAAUCGAUCAUACACCCGCACAAAGCACACCCCACUCGGAAGCAAUCACUCCGCCACACUUGCAUCCUCCAGAGCUAACCCAGCCGUCUGAGCGACCGAGUCUUGAAGCCCAUCCUUCCAUUACAAAUCCGCUUGCUAUUGUCAACGGGCAAAGCUGGUUCUUCUGGACAAGUAAAGGAGAUCGCAACAGUAGCCCGCGGCCAAGCCUUCAUCCGCGCAUAAGCCAACUCAGUCAGAUGAGUCGUUUGACAAGUGAGAUGAGCGAUCAGGAAGGGAGUGAGGGUGGUUAA